AAUCGUUUGCAGAUGUUUUAGUGAAAAGUCAAAAUCAAUGAGGAAAAUUUGAUUAUUUUUGAGAAGAUACUGAACUGAUUGUGAUGGAGGACAUCAGCGUAUUUAUGAUGGAUCCUGCACAUGUGGAUUUUGAUGUCUAUGCGUUGUGGCUGAAAGGUUUAUCUGAAACAGAGGCUAGUAAGUUACGCAUGGAAGAUGAAAAGUUGAUCAAAUAUGGUGCCACGUAUAAUGUUGUAGCAAGCGACACAAGUGAUCACUACCGUUUAUUUGACAUGUUGGCUCAUUUCAUUCAAAAUCCUGUUAUGCUUAGCAAGCAGUUGAUGGUUCAAGUCUCACCAGGCACACAAGACGAGUUAAUUCAAAAAUACUAUGAGUUUGACAAAGAGGUCAUAAGAGAAAUAUUGGGAAAGAAACUUACAGGAAGACAGAGAAAAGACCUUGAUGAUGUGUGUGAAAAAACAAGAGUCUCCCUGAAAAGCUGUCGAAGACAGUUUGACAAUGUCAAGAAUGUGUUUAGAGCUAUCGAAGAAAGUGAAGGAGGAAGUCUAUCAGAAAAUAUCAUGAAAAUUUUUCUCCUAUCAGAGGAACUAGCCAGAGAAUAUGCAAGUAUUGUAUUUAUGGCAACACACAGAUUUGAAACAAGUAAAAAGAGAUUGCUCUACUUGACAUUUGAUGACUUUUCAUAUUGCUGUGCACAAAUGAUAGAAAAAUGGACGGUUGGGACUGAUGAAAAUGGAUCAGGUCAAGAUGUUGGUGAAACUGGAGCUGAAUUUGACAGGACAUUUCUUCAAGACCUUAGGGACCUCAAAGUAUUCAUCAAUGACAAAGAAAUUGCUGAAGAACACAGAAAUCUAGUUUGUGGUGCCCUUUCCAUGAAGGGAAAGACAAAACUUGCAAGAAAUGUAGAAUCUAAUUUCAAAAAUUUCUGCAGAGCUUUAUUGAAUAUUGCAGCUGCAUUAAUACACAGCAAGGAUAUGAAGGAUAUAUUUAAUGAUUUUGUAGAAAAGUUCAUUGAGCCUUGCAAACAAGUUGAUUGGGAACAGGAUGAUGUUGAAGACUUCUUGACCACACUUGUCAGUACUUGCAGUCAAUUAGAAUCGUUGGGAAAAAAUAACAAUGAAAGGCUUUUGCCAGUUUAUAUCAGAUAUACCAGUGUGUGUCAGAAGUGUAUAACAAGGAUGUACCAUACAUAACACUGGGAUAAAACUAAUGAGAACUAAUGGACCUGGUCCACUACAGAGUCAUCCUGUUUGAGUCAUGAUGUGCCCUGGCAAGCCACAAAAAAGUCUAAAAUUAAAAUGUAGGCCUGGCUCAUUUCAUUAUGUUUUUUAUUAUUGUAUAUAUUACAAUUUAAGACAAAAAAUUAAAAGCUCUAAAUUAAAAUAAAUGUAGAAUCUUGAUCUCUCAUACAGGACUACACGAAGCGAUGUUCAGUGUAAUUUCAGAAUGAGACGGUCUACAAAUUAUUUAAAUCUGCAGUCAUUAUUCGUAUUACCGCAGGAAGCCCAUGUAUGUGAUCUUUGUUUGUCUAGUUUAGAAUGAAAAACUAACUUUCAGGUGAUAAAAAAACAUUACAAGUAUCAUAAAUGUGUAAUGACAGGCAAUUAGUCUCCUUCAAGGUUUCCAAAAGUCUCCUUGAAAAGGUAGCCGUCCCUUGCAUUGAAAUGAGACGACCGUUGAGCGUGCAAUGAAUAAUUGUCUGUAGGUGUGAAAAAAGGUUCCUCUCAUUGCAUGCUCAAUGGUUGUCUCACUUCAAUGCAUAGCAUCUUCAAUGCAUAAGGCAUGGCUACUUUUCAAAAUGGCACAGGGAACCCUGAAGGGACUAUGUGGGAUUUUUUUGAUAUGUGAGUGAAUUGCUUCAAUAAUUUUAGCAAUUUGUGACUAAAUUAUUGUCUUAUAUAUGAAAAUGUUAAUAUAAAUGAGAGGUCAUGUGGCCAUUAAUAUGUGGGAUGUAUGACUUUUUACAAAAUAAAUAUCAUUUCUACAUGA